CUCAUUUUUAAUUCUUAUAAACUGAGACGGAAUUGUUAUGUCCAGCUUCUUGGAGUUCCCUAUACCAAAGGGCAUAGCAUUCAUUGCGGAAGUUGGUCUCGGUGGUGAACUUCGCAUGGUGCCACAAUUGGAGAAAAGAAUUAACCCACUGGCAAAGCUUGGAUAUAAAAAGUGCAUCGUUCCCAAGUCAGCAGAGAAAAUUUUGUCAGAAAUUCAUUCUGACGGAAUGGAGAUUUGGGGAUGUAAAAAUUUGAAGGAGAUGAUUCACACUGUAUUCAGAAGAGGCUGAUACAUUUUACUUUUGAACCUAUUUAAAUCAUGUAUGAUAUUAUUGCUGUAAAUAUAAAUUCUUCCUAUUUUU